AUGGGAGAGCCGGAGGAGAAGCAGAAGACGGGGGAGGAGCAGAAGACGGGGGAGCCGGCGGAGGAGGGGGAGCCGACGGAGGAGGGGGAGCCGGGGGAGGAGCAGGAGCCGGCACCAUCUGGACCUGUGGAGGCAGACUAUGUCAAUGGGAAAUCUUUCCGUUACCUAAACAUAGAGUACUCUGGAAAUAAGAGUACCCCAAAGAGAAAACCACUGGCUACAUACAUUGGUUCUGAGAGCACAAAGUGGAAAACCACCAAAGCUGGUGUCGUGUGUCUGGGACUGUUGACCUUCCUCCUACUGGCUGGAAUCAUAGGCCUGUUAGUAUGCUACAUCAGAGUGACCCACAGUUUGAAGGAGAAAAUCUUUUAUGAAACCAACUCCACGGCUGAACGAGACCAGUUCCAGGACAGAUACAGUGCCAUGACUGAGGAGAGGGACCAGCUCCAGGCUGAACGAGACCAGGUCCAGGCCAGAUACAGUGCCAUGACUGAGGAGAGGGACCAGCUCCAGGCUGAACGAGACCAGGUCCAGGCCAGAUACAGUGCCAUGACUGAGGAGAGGGACCAGCUCCAGGCUGAGAGAGAAAAUCUCAGGGCAAAUCUCUCCUUCAUUUCUCAACAAAUACAACAGGGUUGGGUGUAUUUCAGCUCCAGUUUGUACUUCAUCUCCACUGCAAAGAAAACCUGGGAAGACAGCAGACAGGACUGUGUGGGGAGAACCGCAGACCUGCUGGUCAUAAACAGCUUGGAGGAACAGGUCUUCAUCCACGGUUUGAACCAGGAGGGAUUCUGGAUCGGUCUGACUGAUCAAGUUGAAGAGGGAAAGUGGAUGUGGGUGGACGGUACAGAACUGACCACUGGGUUCUGGGACAGUGGACAGCCUAACAGUCACGGAGGCACUGAUGAGGACUGCAUUGCGAAAUGGUUGGAAGAAUCUGCCCCAGAGAAGAGUUGGCACGAUGUAUCUUGCAACAAACAGGUUUUUUGGGUAUGUGAGAAAAUGGUCUACCUGUAACUGAACUGUAAAUAAAAUCAGUAAACGCCGAAAAUUAAAGCUUAUAAUGGCUCUGAAUCAGUAAAAUAUCAGCAGUAAUUCCUUUAUAUGGGAUUUCAAUAUAAUGUUGGAGACAUAUAUUUUUAUUAAGAUCCACCUGUAGACAAUAUUGCU